GGCACUGACGCAUAUUCAUUUGCAGGAUUUCGCGCCUGUAAAUGUUUGGAUAAUUACUAUCGAACGAAUCUGUUUGAGAAUUGUACACCAUGUGAAAAGAAACAGGGACUAAAUUGUCAAGAUGAUUUUGCGAAUCUUACAGUUGGCUUUUGGUGGCGGUGGAAAGAUGAGACACACUUAGAACAGUACAGAAACUUCAGUAAAAUCCUAAAGAAUUUCUCCUUUACUCCUGAAUUACACAAAGCAAAUGAUUCCGGUAUUGAAUACCCGCACACCAUACCUCAACCGUACAGAUGUCCCAUGGCAGAAGCUUGUAAGGGAGGUUUAAAUUCUUCAUGUGAGGCUGGUUAUGAAGGACCGCUAUGUGCAGUUUGCAGCGAUGGAUAUCACAAACAACUGAAGAAAUGUAAGCUGUGCCCAACAAAAGGAUGGAUGAUUGGACAGCUUGCAAUUAUUGGGGCGUUAGUUAUAAUAUUUGUUAUACUUGUGGUGUGGGGAAGCAAGAAAAAGAGCAAAAAAGACGCUGGACGACCUUUCCUUGACAAGCUCCUCGGAAAGAUUAAAGUUGUGAUUGGCUUUUAUCAGGUGCUGUAUGGGAUCAUGGAGGCGUUUUCAUACAUAAAAUGGCCUGGAAGUCUUUCCGUUGUUGGGGAAUAUUCCGAGAUUAUUCAGAUGAACAUCGUUCAGAUAGCUCCCCUCCACUGCAUCCUUCCUGGCUUGAAAUUUGACGCAUUCACAAGUUUAUUUGCAGUUAUGGGAUUUAAUAUUGCAGCAGUCAUCGUCGCCCUCUCUAGCCUCGCCCUUGCCACUUGGAUAUCGACACGACGUAUGUCGAAUGAAGAAGAAAAAAGGAAGAAAAGGGAGCGCAUUAAAGCAAUCGUAAAGAGAAAUCUGUUUUUCUUUCUUUACGUGACCUAUCUGAACACUUGCCUAAAAACUGCUCAAGUCGUACCUCUUGCCUGCCACAGGAUCUGCGUUGACGAAAAAGAUGCUGAAAGCUGCGAGGAGUAUUUAAAGGCCGACUACAGCAUUGACUGCAAAGGAGAGAGAUAUAACCGAUUAGUCAUCGUGGGAUACUGUUCCAUUGUGUAUGUAAUUGUUCUGCCUGCUGCUGCUUUCAUAGCAAUUUGGAAACAAAAGAGAGCGGCGAGGAAAACUGAGGAAGAAACAAGAAACGACACAAAUGAUUUUGAAGACCAAGGCACCGAACAAUCAGGACUGCGCUUCUUACACGAAAACUACGACCCCCGUUGUUGGUAUUGGGAACUAGUGGAGACAGUUCGAAAGGUUAUUUUGACAUCUGGAUUGAUCCUUCUUGGUGGCGAGAGCAGAGCUUACAUUGCGCUAGCAUUGCUUUUAUCUGGAUUGUACGGGAUGUAUUUCGGGCUAAAAAAGCCCAUAAAAGAUCGAUUCGAAAACAACCUUAUGCUGUCUUCACUUGCCGUUACGUUCGUAAACCUUGCAAUAGGAGCCGUAAGCACAAUCCCGAGUGAAGGUUUUUCGACAUCAGUCAACCCAAUCGUGGAUACUCUGGUGUUCAAUGGCUUGGUCUUUGUUGCCAACACCUUGGUUAUUGGAGUCCUUGUCGGUAAGUUAUCAUCAUGCAUUCUAUUCUUCUGUCCCAAAGUCCCUUUACAUUUAACAGUCAGGUUCAUACCUUAACUGGGCACCAGACUGAUUAACUUGGUAAAAGUUCUUGCAAUGAAAGAUACAUAGCUUACUUCAUAAUUAAUGAGUGCGCACGAUUCACGAGUUGUACUGAGCGAACCAUAGCAAUGAAGUAAUUUGCUUAUUAAAUGAGUACUAAGAUAUAACGAAAGUUCUUUUUCUUUUUCUACUUUUAAUCACGACCAAAUCAAAUAGGCCUUGGAAAGGUCUUCUUAGCUCAUUCCUCUACGAACAGCGAUAUACUUGCACUUGUGGGUGAAACUAGCUUAAUUAAAACGAGGUUACAGGAUAUUGCCAUUUUUAUGUUUAAAAUCAACAAAACAUUAUUACCGACAAAUACAUCGCAACUCUUUCGUCGCUCACAGGUAGAUUAUUAUAUACCAAGAGCAAGUGUUACGUACGGAAAACACUAACUGAGGUUUUUCGACCCUACUUAACGGUCGAAGUUAGGUAUGAGCAAUAGAAACGAGAUAUCAUUAAAGAAAAUCAUAGACAGCAUAAAGAAAAAGGACUUGGAGGGGGCAGGGGGGUUAAUUAAAGAAGAAACAUGUAAGGGAUGUUAAUUAUGCAUAACUUACGUCAGUAUAAAAGUAGCUGUGAAGUAUUGCAAUAAGAUUAUUUCUUUUAGAAACCUUCAUCUUAGAUAGUUGAAAAUUAAUCCAGAUUUGGACUGAACUGGAUUUUCAGAAGCCGAUAUCUUUUAUUAACUACUUUUAAUAACAUUUAUAUGUUAACAAUUUUUGAAAUAAUUAGUUUAGCUAUGAUAAUAAAUCUUUAUAUUAUACUGUAAUAACUAAUUCUCACGUAAAAGUAUUCCCUAUUAGUGGGCCUCCUUAGGCAUGCUAGAAGACCUAAUUACACUUAAUUGAAGUUGUAUGUAUGUUGUGUAUGUGUGUACCAUCUUUGUUGUCUAGAGAAAAAUUCGUAUGCGGCCCGCAAUUGUUCAUACAACAUUUUUCACUUGUGAGAAAAACCGUUUGACCAGUCAGGUUGUUUUUGCUUUGUUUAGAGUAAAUCUCGGUACUUUUGAAAUAAAACAAUGUCAUGACCUCUGAGUUUAUUUCUAAAUUAUGAAGUUUUCUAGUUUUUUUUUUCAAUGUAUUACCAUGAACGCUUUACUUGAAUUAGAAAAAUGUUAAACGAUUUUUUCUACGUGAUAUACCUUUUUAUCACCAAUUAGAUGAUAAUAUUGUAGUAAUCCCCUGUAUAUACUUACUACCUUUGUGGCACUUCAAAUGAAGAACAAAUGAAAGGUAAACGGGAGAAAUUUUAAAAAAGACACUCUGAUGGUGAUAGUACCGUACCGUGAUAUGAUCCGAAAAAGCGUUAACCCUUUUAAGUCCCAAUAUCCACAUACAAAUUCUCCAAAAGGAUCUCUAUAUAUUUCCUUAAAGAAUGAGUUCAGAGAAUUUGAUAAAAGAUCAAACAUUUUCUCUUAGGUGAUCAUUUUAUUAAUUCUCAUAACCUAAUCUCUUGACAAUGUAUGUCUAUUGUUAUGAGAAAAUUGAUGUUGGUCACUAUUGGGACUUAAAGGUUUAAAAACAUAGUAAGCAAUAUUAUUUUACUUCUUUAGCACUUCGGGUAUUUUACCUUUAAUUGUUAAAUCAGUUCUUUCAAGGCUUUUUGUGAAAACAGAUAGUUUUUUUUACUCAUUAUCACCAUUGUACUGUUCUCGUGCAAGUAACCGCCUUCAGGUCUUUCCUCUGUGAUGAAAGGUUAAUAUAAAUUGAAUCUAUAAAGGCCAAGUUUUAAUUUGAACGAGUGUUUAUUUUGUUUCAGUGCAAUAUCUGGUGUAUAUUUACCACUUUGUGAAAGAGUGGCGCAAGCAUCCAAAGUGGUCAUUCUCCUGCUGCCUGGCCUUGCUAUUGCCACUUAAUCAACUACAAGGAGAGAUACGCGGAUUAACUGGCAGGAACAUACUCAAUCAGCAACUGCAAACUGGUGACAUCGAGAUGCCAACCAUUGCUAGUACUUUAAGGGAGAGUGGGGCAGUUGAUGUUACUCUUGAAGACCAUAGUGCAGAACGAGAACAGGAGGCAACAACUGACGAGAAAACCAUUGAACACGGCGUUUUGACAGUUGCAAAGGUGAUCUGUGCUAGUACUUUAGGGGAGAGUGGGGCAGUUGAUGUUACUCUUGAAGAUCACAAUGCAGAACGUGAACAAGAGGACACAACAACUGACGAGAAAACCAUUGAACAGGGCGUUUUGACAACUGCAAAGGUGAUCUGUGCUAGUACUUUAAGGGAGAGUGGGGCAUUUGAUGUUACUCUUGAAGAUUAUGAUGCAGAUCGUGAACAAGAGGAGGCAACAACUGACGAGGAAACCACUGAACAGAGCGUUCAGACAAUUGUAGAGGUGGUUAUUCAUGCGCCUCCAAGAGAAACUUACGACACCAAACUCUAA